UUGUAGGUUAUGUUUUAGUCGUCAAUUGUCAAAAUUAAUUUCCAGUGUUUUUCGUGAAAUUAUUUGGAUAUGUUGAAGUUUUAUUGAAAUAUCUUUGGCUUUCUUGGUAUUAACCAUUUGUGAUUGUCUGUUUUAAUAUACACAAAUACUGCUUUUUCACCAUAAUGACUAUGUAUAUAGUUUCGAAUAUUACGGGUUGACAUUGAGAUGAGAUGUGAAUACAAAAGUCGAUGCGCACUUCUUAUUACUUGAAUUACCAAUUUCAAGUACAUACUUUACAAUUAGUUUUGAUAUUGUGAUAUAUGUAAUCAUAAAGAAAUACUGUAUAUUCAAAAAUAAUCAAAAUGACGAUGAGUCAAUUAUCCGUAAUGAAACUUUACAAUACAGUGGUGGAUGAUGUGAUAGCUGGUGUGCGGGAUUGCUUUCUGGAUGAUGGUGUAGAUGAACAGGUUUUGCAAGAGCUAAAACAGUUAUGGAAGACAAAGUUAACGGCCAGUGGGGCUAUGGACCCUCCGCAACCCGAAGCACCCGUAAUGCCGCCACCACCGGCGCUACAAAACUUUCAGAAAGCCAAUGGCAGUAAUGUUAUACCAAAAAGAGCUCCGGACAUGGCAUCUCAAAGUUCAAGCCAACACUCUGGAGUCGAACAUGGUGGUGCACCAUCAUCUAACAUACCUGGGGCUCAUCCUCACCAUGUUCUUGAUCCGAACAAUAAAGUUCCAGUUCAAUUAACAUUACCAGCUCAACCAGGAGUACCUGGGUCACAACCACGUUCCUUUACCAUACAAAUUCCAGCAUCUGCUCUUAAUGGUAACAAACUACAUCAAGUUCUUACAGGUCCUAUAAUUAAUGCUACAAUAAGUUUGCCGCAGCCUCUGGCUGCUACUCUCUUACAACAACAUAUCAAUUCAGCAUUAGCUGGCCAACAGAAUGAAUUUGAUGGGGGUGGAGGUGGUAGAAGUGGGGCUGCCCCAUUCUCACUGGAUGGUGCUUUAGAUUCAUCUGAUGAUGAUGGCUCAAAUGUUGGUGAUGGUUCAGAAGAUGGUGGUGGAGAUGACGAUGAAGAUGAGGAGUCAGCAGAGGAGAGAGCCGAGGAAGAAGAAGAGGAACGAGAUGAAAGUGGAGGUGCAGAAGAGGAGCCGUUAAACUCUGGCGAUGAUGUUUCCGAUGAAGAACCUGGUGAUAUGUUCGAUACCGAGAAUGUUGUUGUUUGCCAAUAUGACAAGAUAACUCGUAGUCGCAAUAAAUGGAAAUUCUAUCUAAAAGAUGGGAUAAUGAAUUUAUCUGGUAAAGAUUAUGUUUUUCAAAAAGCUAACGGCGAUGCGGAAUGGUGAAUAUAUCCAUGUAUGUCUGACAAGUGCUUAAAAUGUUUGUGUGAUUUGUCCUGGUUGUUGCUAAAAGGAAACAAAAAGACAUUGACUGAAUAAUAUCUUAAAUGUAUGGUCAAAUUUUAAACAUUGGUAACCUAUUAUUGUAUAUUCAUGUAAUAAAUUAUACUUACAAAAAUAUCAAAGAACAUGAUAGGUUUAUUUCAAUUAUAAUUUAAAACAUAUUUGGUACAUAAUGUUUAAAAGAAAUUAGUUCAAUGUUAGUUCAUUGUAUAGUAUAAAAUUUUAAAUAGUGAUACUUUUGUAACUACAAGGAGGUACAAUGACUGUGGGGUAUAUAUAUGUUGGGUGUGAUUUCACUAGGUUAGCUUCACUUUAUUAUAUAUUGCGGUAACAAUUAUAAUUAAAUAAAAAUUCAUGUGAUUUAAACCAAAAAUAAUGAUAAAAUUGUGAAGAGCAUGAAAGUGCCAAACAAAUUCUCACUUUCUUUAUUAGUUUCUGCCUCACUGUUUUUAAAUAAAAUAAAAUGUGCUAGUGCGAGUGAAGCUAAAAUGUUUAUGUAAUGUCAACCCCCUGUUCUAACUAGCUUUCAUCAGACAUUCACAGUAUAGAAUAUCCAGUUGACUCACUUAUAAUACAUAAUACCAAAUCAUAUAUUGUUGAAUCAUCAUCCACAUACCCUUAACAUUACUUGUUUUUUUUUUCCAAACAAUAAUUUAUCUAUCAUCUUAAAUUGUUCAAAAAUUUAUAAUAUUUCUAAUUGUCUAAUGUAUAUUGAUGUUAAUUUGGGAAGUGACUUGUGUAAUAGUAUAAGUAAGAAAAUAAUUUCAGUUUUUCUUAUCAUCUAUAGCUACACUGUAGCUGUACUGUACUGUAUCUGUACUGUACUGUAUCUGUACUGUACUGUAUCUGUACUGUACUGUAUCUGUACUGUACUGUAUCUGUACUGUACUGUAGUUCUACCCUUAAAAGCACAAAUUUUGUUUAAUUUUGGUUAUUUCCUUUUUACGCUGUCACUAAUUUAAUAUUGUGAUAUGACUAUUAGUAAUUCUUAUGUAAAUUUAAAUUAGAAUGCUGCCAAUUUUUUUUUGUAAGCCAGUAAUUGGAUUUCUAACCUUGCCUGGUUUAUAGCAAUUAAUAUAUGUUACUGUUCAAAUAAUGUAACAUUCUAAUGAUUGUGGUCCCUUAUGUGAUGAAGUUUGAUAAGAAUGGUAAUAAUAAUAAAAUAUGUUGCAUUA